CCCUUAUUUUUAUUUUUAUUUUUAAUUUUUAACCUUGACAAACAUUCUUUACUUCUGUUGCAGAGUAUUAAAAAGUCCGAAUGCCCAAAAGAGCUUGAACCAGCAGAUAGGAGAUCAGCAGUCCACGUUAAUCUCAUAAGAAGAGGAGAGAACUACACUGAACCAGUGAAACGUCCUUCUCCAUUUCAGGGCAUCGGAAGAACUCUCGGCGGCGGAUCCUCCGCUUCCGAACCUCCCCCAUCAUCCUCCGCCUCCCCUCCCACCCCCUUUCAAGGUCUUUCCAUCGACGAAUCAUUACCCUUAACUUCGAUUCAACUCAGAUUAGCCGACGGCACUCGAAUGGUUUCUCGCUUCAAUAUCCACCACACGGUUGGCGAUAUUCGAGGAUUUAUCGACGCAUCAAGACCUUUGGCGGCUAGGAACUACACGCUACAGACGGUUGGUUUCCCACCCAAGCUUCUCACUGAUGUCUCUCUCACCAUUGGGGAAGCUGGCCUAGCUAAUUCUGUCGUGAUUCAGAAAUUCUAAGUCAUUUUGGUUUGUAAUUCUGAAAAUAAUUGUUUUAUGAGACUCGAAUUUAUUCUACAAUGUUGCGUUUAUUUUGCUGAAAACUCUUGUUUUUCAGUGCUUUCUAUGGUGAAAAAAUGGAAUUGAAAUAUGCUAUCAUGUUGUUAUUUGUU